GUACUAUUGAUUUUAUUUUAUCAUGCGUCGUGUUACAAGUUUCACCAUAGGACUCAAGGGUGCCUGUUUUAUAAGUGGGGUUGCCCCCGUUCUUUACUUCCCACCUAGUGCUGCUACAAUAAUAAACAAAGAGGAGCAGAUCAAAAAGAACACCAAUAUUGCCUUGGAAAUGAUUCGCAGCCAAAAGGGACCAUUACCACCUCCGUACGCUCGCAAGACGACUGCAACCAUAGAAGCGAUUGAAGGUGAGAUUAAUGCAAUCCUGGGCGAUUCUGAAAAAAUGCGCAGAAGCGCGACUAAUGACCAACCUAUGGAUAAACUUUCACUGAUGGAACGUUGUCUGCGCCAUGCCCUUUGGUCCUAUUACAAGGAGGAGGCUAAAUACAACUUCAAGGAAAUGUCUAAAUGGCUUGUUUAUACUCAUGAAGAUGAAACACAAAUGGCUCAGCUGAAACGCCAAGUCGAAGAGAAGGAAAAACUUAUAGCUUUUCGGGAAAAGAAUGGGUCAAAAAAUCUCCCAGAUUCAUCUUUGUUUCGACUAGACUGGAACAAGGAGUAUGAGUCUAUGAUUGAUCGCGAGUUGAUCAACGAGAAACGUCUUCGGUACGAUACGCUCGCUCUGAAUACCACUGAACGUGAUGAAGCACAGAUUAGUAAGCUUCUCCAGCGCUACCGCAAACCUGCUCAAGACAAGCGGCUGGACGAUCUUGUGGAGCUUCUUGAACGUUUCAAGUCAGUGUUCGCACGUGAGGCUAUCAUGCAGCGGCUUACAAUUAAGCAUUUAGAGGGACAAUUGGGCGUUUGGCGGUACAUGGACUGGUGUCCGGAGGUGCGCGAUCGCGCUGAGUUGGAACUUGAUAUUACCGGUUGGCAGUGGUGGUCUCCCUUUGAAGAGCGCCGAGUUAUGCCCAUCCGGCUCCGAUCACUGAACGAGGUGCGUAAAAUAAUGGGUAAAAAACAAACCCAGAAAGCGGCUGAGCUCGCUGAGCUCAGUCCUAAAGGAUCUAAAUCAAGCGAUGGCGACCGUGAGCGACUGCUCAAAGAAAUUUUAUCCAUUCAGGCAAGCAUUUAUAGGCGUGAUGAAGAACCUGUUGGAGAAAAAAAGUCUGCCCACUAGUGGUAAUCCUGCCAAAGUAGCAUUAAUAGAUGUUAUUAGAUACGAUUAUUAGUUGUUGUGAAAUGUUUAGGAAAUAUAUAUUUAUCGAUAGUAUAUUUAUUGUCAUCAUUUUUGAUAAUGUGGAAAGGUUACGUAAACCAUGUUAA